AUGAGCUACGCAGCUGCAGAGAGCGUGGUGCCCACCAGCACGUGGGCUGCCACCAACCUGUUCUAUGUACUCCUGGUACCAGCCCUGAUCCUCUGGUACGCGUACUGGCGUAUGUCCAGGCGGCAUAUGUAUGAACUCGCAGCCAAGUUACACGGACCACCUGGCUUGCCUCUCCUUGGAAAUGCUCUGGAAUUCACUGGUGGAUCUCAUGAUAUCUUCAGAAAUAUCAUCGAGAAGAGCAUUCCUUACGACGGUGAAUCUGUCGUCAAGAUCUGGAUUGGACCUCGUCUCCUGGUGUUCCUGUACGACCCUCGAGAUGUAGAGCUGAUCCUCAGCAGCCACGUCCACAUUGAUAAGGCUGAAGAAUACAGAUUCUUUGAGCCCUGGCUCGGAAAUGGACUUUUGAUCAGUACAGGUCAGAAAUGGAGGUCUCACCGAAAACUGAUUGCCCCGACCUUCCACUUGAAUGUUCUGAAGAGUUUCAUCGAUCUGUUCAACGCUAACUCCAGAGCUGUCGUGUCUAAACUGAAGAAGGAGGCUGGAGAGUUCGAUUGUCAUGACUACAUGAGCGAAUGCACUGUGGAAAUUUUACUUGAAACGGCGAUGGGUGUCAGCAAGUCGACGCAAGACCAAAGUGGAUUUGAAUACGCUAUGGCAGUAAUGAAGAUGUGUGACAUCCUCCAUUUGAGACACACUAAGAUCUGGCUCAGACCCGACCUCCUUUUCAACUUUACUGACUACGCCAAGAAACAAACUAAACUCCUUGACAUCAUCCACGGACUUACCAAGAAGGUUAUCCGAAGGAAGAAGGAAGAAUUCAAAUCCGGCAAGAGGCCCACAAUCUUGAGUGACUACACGAACCCUACUGAAGAGACAGGGAAGACCACUUCUGUCGAAGGACUUUCCUUUGGCCAGUCGGCAGGACUCAAGGACGAUUUGGAUGUCGAUGACGCAGAUGUCGGUCAGAAAAAACGUCUUGCUUUCCUUGACCUGCUCCUCGAGAGUUCACAAAGCGGUGUUGUUAUUUCCGACGAGGAAAUUAAAGAACAAGUUGACACUAUUAUGUUUGAGGGUCACGACACAACUGCGGCUGGAAGCAGCUUCUUCUUGUCCAUGAUGGGUAUUCACCAGGACAUUCAAGACAAGGUUAUUGAUGAACUCGACAAGAUAUUCGGAGACUCGGACCGCCCCGCAACGUUCCAGGACACUCUGGAAAUGAAAUACCUGGAACGUUGUCUCAUGGAGACCCUUAGAUUGUACCCUCCUGUACCCAUCAUCGCACGUCAACUUAAACAAGAUAUUACCCUUCCUUCAUGUGGUAAACAAGUGCCAGCGGGUACCACCGUAGUCGUGGCGACCUACAAGUUGCACCGUCGCCCUGAUGUAUACCCCAACGCCAACAAGUUUGAUCCCGACAACUUCCUCCCUGAAAAAUCUGCCAACCGCCAUUACUACGCGUUCGUUCCAUUCUCCGCUGGACCCAGGAGUUGCGUAGGUCGCAAAUACGCCAUGCUGAAACUGAAGAUUAUUCUAUCUACAAUUCUGAGAAAUUUCCGUGUCCACUCCGACAUCAAGGAGAGUGAUUUCAAACUGCAAGCUGACAUCAUUCUGAAGCGUGCGGAAGGUUUCAAGGUUCGACUGACGCCGCGCAACAAAACCAAAGCAUGCUGAAUAGUGCAUUCCUAAAUUUAAUUAUUAUGUAAAUAUGGACGCAUGGUUCUCGCAUUUUUGUUGUUAAUACUGUGUAGAUAGCACGGAGUUAAGAUAUUUUAUUAUAAUUGUCAAGAAAGAUGAUAUAUCGGUGGCAGACCUUUUACCCAUGGGUAGGUGUAAAUGACGGCGGUGUAAUACUGCAUGUUUUGCUCAAUAAUAUUUAACUAUGCAGUUAGAUUCUAAGUUCUUUGUAAAUAGAUAUUAAAUUAAAUUUCCUUCGUAUGUUGUACGUUGAAUGUGAUGAACUAAUAAACAUUUUAAUGAAUAA